AAAAAAACAACUUUAACCAACAUCAUCAUCGUUGUUGUCGUUGACUCACAGUAGAGCAACAAAAUACAGCAACAGAAACGGCAACAGCAGCAGCAUAAUGUCAUCGUGCCCUUCAGGAUUAAUCGCUUAUUCAGCAAUCGUUUUACUUUGUACUUCCGGUAUAAAAGCCAGUUGGGAAGAAUGGUGGACAUAUGACGGUAUAUCCGGACCAAGUUUUUGGGGCCUUAUAAAUCCACAAUGGAACAUGUGCAACAAAGGUAGACGACAGUCGCCCAUCGAUGUAGUGCCAGAUAAAUUACUGUUUGAUCCUUUUCUACGGCCACUGCACAUAGAUAAGCACAAGGUUUCCGGUACACUACACAAUACAGGUCAAUCGCUUGUCUUUCGCGUUGACAAAGAUACAAAGCAACAUGUAAACAUAUCCGGUGGCCCUUUGGCAUACAAGUAUCAAUUUGAGGAGAUAUACAUACACUAUGGCACAGAAAAUACACGUGGAUCAGAACACUACAUACAGGGUUAUAGUUUUCCAGGAGAGAUACAAAUCUAUGGCUUCAAUAAAGAAUUGUAUCACAAUAUGUCCGAAGCUCAACAUAAAUCCCAGGGCAUUGUUGGUCUUUCGCUAAUGGUACAAAUUGGUGAAACACCAAAUCCUGAAUUGCGCAUCAUAACAAGUACAUUUAACAAGGUGCUAUAUAGAGGUUUUUCAACACCAAUCAGACAUUUGUCUGUACGUGCUCUGCUGCCAAAUACAGAUCAUUAUAUUACCUACGAAGGAUCCACCACACAUCCCGGCUGCUGGGAAAGUACUGUCUGGAUUAUAGUUAAUAAACCAAUUUAUAUAACAAAACAAGAGUUGUACCAACUGAGACGGCUGAUGCAGGGCUCAGAAAAUACUCCGAAAGCUCCUUUAGGCAAUAAUGCACGACCUGUGCAAAAUUUACAUCAUAGAACUGUUAGAACUAAUAUAGAUUUUAAGAAAAAUAAGAAUCAAAAUGCUUGUCCUUCCAUGUACAAGGAUAUGUAUUAUAGAGCGAAUCGUUGGUCACCUGAUACAGGACUAUUGAUUCGUUGACCCAUUAUGGAUAAAAGCCGAC